GAGGGGCUGGAGGUUGGGGGAGGCGAGGGUUUCGCCCUGCGCUCGCGGGAGCGGCAGGACGAAACGGUUUUCCUCUCUCGGCUUACCCCAAUGCCUGAUGCUCACCUGAAUGUUCGGUUUUGUCUGUUGGCAUCUUCUAGUCGUUUCUCUUGGCAUGAUGGGACAGGAGAAGAGGAAGACCUCCUCUGCGGAGGAGGAGACCGAGAACCUGCUCAAAUCGCUGCACCUGGACGCUGCUGCUGCGUCCGAGAUGCUGUGGGAGUUUAGCCAUCCUCCAUUGACAGAGGAAGUGGAGUCGACAACCGGCGACAGUACCUACGACAUCGGAUCGUGCGAGCACUUAUUCAUCGACAGCGAGGAGCUGGAUGAGAUCGCGCGUGGUCUCAAGGCCGCCCACAAGCCCCCUACCUGUGUCCAUGACCCGUGCAGUGGAGCUGCUGGGAUUAUGGCGUGCACGGAGUGUCCCUCUACUUUCUGCACUGGGGAGAAGGGCGACAGGGAAAAUCCGCAGGGACACGCCGCCUGGCAUGCCUCCAAUGACCAGCAUUGGGUUGCUCUGUGGUGCGAUGAGCCGUCUAAGGGCUACUGCUUCGAGUGUGGACUCACCCUGGUGCUCGGUCAGAACAAGGUGAACGAAGAUGAUUAUGCACUGGUGCCCAGAAAUAAAAAGGAUGAGCGGGGAACGGUAUCCAGCUAUGUCGAGGCGCUGCCGGAGUUGAGCCAUCCGCCAUCGCCAGAGGAUGGGGAGUCCACAACUGGCGACAGUACCUACGACAUCGGAUCGUGCCAGCACUUAUUCAGCGACAGCGAGCAGCUGGAUAAGAUGGCACGUCAUUUCAAGGCCGCCCACAAGCCCCCUACCUGCGAGCAUGACCCGUGCAGUGGAGCUGCUGGGAUGAUGGCGUGCACGGAGUGUCCCUAUACUUUCUGCACUGGGGAGAAGGGCGACAGGGAAAAUCCGCAGGGACAUGCCCGCUGGCAUGCCUCCACGUUCCAGCAUUGGGGUUGCUCUGUGGUGCGAUGAGCCGUCUAAGGGGUACUGCUUCCAGUGUGGACUCGCCCUGAUGCUCGGUCAGAACAACGUGAACCAAGAUGAUCAUGUGCCCAGAAAUAAAAAGGAUGAGUGGGGAACGGUAGGCAGCUAUACAGAGGAUGAUUGGAAAAGGUUGCUCAGAAGUGUAAAGAUUGAUUGGGAAAAGGUGCGCAAUGAUGCGAUCGAUCGGGGAUUGGUGGGGGAUUGGUGGGGAAUGGUGGACAGUAAUGCAAUGGAUCUUUUUUGAAUAUGUUUCAGAUGUGUGUGCCACAAACGCUUUAUUCACCGUGGCAGUGUAUCACUGAACAAAACAUUGUUAUGUUUUAAAAUUACCAUCUCAUGUUAUGGUACUGUGUAACAUU